AUGCGAGUGCCGCCGAUCCAGCUCGAACACCUGCCUGAAGUGUUCCUAUCCAGUAUCCCGAAAUGUGGCGGGUGUCACGAGAUGAUCGUAGACCGUUACGUUCUGAAAGUGUCAGACAGGACGUGGCACGCCGGGUGUCUACGCUGUGUCGAGUGUCGCGCUAUGCUCUCGGGCAAGUGCUUCGCUAGGAACAAUCAGCUCUACUGCACGGAGGAUUUCUUCAAGCGGUUCGGCACUAAAUGCGCUGGGUGCGGGCAAGGCAUCCCGCCCACACAGGUAGUCCGCCGAGCCCAAUCACACGUCUACCAUCUACGCUGCUUUGCAUGUGCCGCCUGUGCCAGGACCCUGAACACGGGAGACGAAUUCUACUUGAUGGAAGACGGGAAGCUGGUGUGUAAGCCUGACUACGAAGCCGCGAGGGCAAAAGGUGACGGAUCCAUCGACGGCGAUGCAGCAAGUAAACGACCUCGAACGACCAUCACAGCAAAACAAUUGGAAACAUUGAAAAGUGCUUACAGCAGUAGUCCGAAACCCGCGAGGCACGUGCGGGAACAACUCGCACAAGACACGGGUCUGGACAUGAGAGUAGUUCAAGUCUGGUUUCAAAAUAGAAGAGCAAAAGAAAAGAGAUUGAAGAAAGAUGCAGGAAGGACGCGCUGGUCGCAGUAUUUUAGAUCAAUGAAGGGUUCUGGUGGGGGUUCCCCCAGACAUGACCGGCUACUCGAUAAAGAUGAACUCAAGAUCGACUUGGACUCCUUUAGUCAUCACGAGUUGAGCAACGACAGCUACAGCACAGCCGCGAUGGGCGCCGAGGAAGGCUCUCCCGCGGGAGGAGUCGGUGGGGCACGGUUCGGGGCUACGCCACCGUACCUGCGCGCGCACUCACCACCUCACGCACACUACCACUACCCGCCCGACCACCUCGUUUAUACAAAUAUCGGACAAGCAAUCAGCGGCGGUCUCGGCACGGGCGCCGGUGGCGCAUCAGACAUGAGCAGUUCUUCAUCACCAGCAGCGGGUGGAUACCCCGAUUUCCCACCGUCCCCAGAUUCGUGGUUGGGCGAGCCUCACCAUUAUUCGCCUCGCGGUUAUCCCUAG